AAGAAGUCUCUAGAGUUUCAAAUCUUCCUCACUUCACCUCCAUAUAUAACUUCACUUUCUCUUGCUACACUUUAAAACCAUCUCUCCUUUGAUCACUUAAUUAAGCUAGGGUUAUGGGGACUUUAGUGGGCCAUGUAGCACCUGGCUUUGGUUUCCUUGUUAUAGGACUUUGGCACCUUUUUAACCACAUCAAACUCCAUGCUCUCCAUCCAAACUCCCACUCAUCUUCACCAUGGUUCCCCACUUCAAAAAUAAGGUAUCUCGAGCUUUUCUCGAUCAUGGCUAGUUGCACCACUUCUAUAGCCAUGGAACUCUUCAUCGGCCCCGCCCGCCAUCAACCGUUAACCACUUCUAUAACGUUCGACACUGACGGCUCUAUUCCUUCCAAUCAUCUCCACAACUUCGAGCACUCGUCCAUCUCGAUGACUUUCCUCAUUUACGCGAUUUUCGCUAUUUUACUAGACAAAUUCGAAGCGAAAGCUAAAUAUAGCCUCACGCAACUUCUAGGUUGUGUGGCCUUUUGCCAACAACUUCUUGUUUUUCAUCUCCACUCGGCUGAUCAUAUGGGAGUCGAAGGCCAAUACCACGUGCUUCUACAAAUUGUUAUUUUUAUUUGUUUGGGCAGUUCUCUUGUUGGUAUUAACUAUCCGGAGAGCUUUGUAAUCAGCUUCGUUAGGUCAGUGAGUAUUUUAUACCAAGGUCUUUGGCUAAUGAUCAUGGGUAUUAUGCUGUGGAUUCCGGAGGUUAUUCCUAAGGGCUGCUUUUUAAACAUGGAAGAUGGUCAUCAAGUUGUUCGAUGCUUAAGUGAUGAAGAUCUGCACCGUGCAAAAGCACUGGUGAAUAUAGAAUUUAGCGGCUGCUUAAUUGGUGUAACGAUUUUUGCAAUGUCGAUUUAUAUAAUACUAGUGAAAAAAGCCGCGCUUCGCGGCGGCGUGAUAAAUUUUGAUACGAAUCAGUAUUAUAAUAGCAUAAAAAUUAUUUUGAGUCAUCUUCCCGUUAAACAUGUCACUAAUAAAAAAUAUUAUAAUUAGUAUAGAAAAUUGUUUAAAUGGCAAUCAUGUCAAACACAA